ACUAGGCUUUCGUACUUACGUGAAUGAGCUAAUAGGAAGUUGCCAAAAUAUAGAUAAGUACAGUGUAUAUCGAAUGUUACUGUUUGGAUGAUAAUCUAGCUGUUCUCUUUACAUCAUGACUGUGUAAAAUCGUUUGCAAUGGCCUCUAAUUCUGCAACUACUGAUGACGAUUCUGACACAAGAAAAACACAACGACCAGCUUUAGAGAGGAGCACUUCUCUUGAUCCAAAAUUUUUGCAGAGAGCACCAUCUUUCCAGACAAUAACGGAAUUUAAAGAAAAAGUCAAAGAAUCAGAAGAAAGUAAGACAGAUAGCAAAAUCGAGCAAACUGUGAAAGAGGAACACAUCGAGGAAGAUUCUAACCUCGAUGAGAAGAAAAAUGAUGUAUCACAAGAAUCACAACAGGAAAAUCCUGAAAUAGGCAAAUGCAUUGAAUGUGUGAAAGCCAUCCCAGUCUUUUCGUCGGAUGGAAUUGAAGCUGGCGAUCACGUGAUCUGUAGUGGGGCAGUAUAUGACCACCACGGGAUAAUUAUAUCAAAAUUAGACGAUGGGGUGACUUUUGAAAUCAUAGAAGCAACAAAUACUUUCUCUGGGGUUGUUGUCGGGCUUUCAAAGCUAUUUGGUGGAAAAGCCAAAAUCCAAUCAACUUUCAAAAAAUUUGACUUUGAAAAAGAAAAGAUAUGUGUAGUAGAAUACAGAAAUAGAAAAUAUUCGAAAAAAGAAACCAUCCAACGCGCCAAAAAUAUAUAUGAUGACAAAGAAGAGAGCGUAAAGUACAAAUAUGAUCUUUUCGAUAACAAUUGUGAACAUUUUGCUACACAUUGUGUUACAGGACAAAAUUUUAGCGUACAAGUAACAAAGUUCAGAUUGACGUGGAAAUUAUUUUGGGCUAGGGGUUUUGUUGGGAUAAGCGAUGAACUGACAAGAAACGAAAAGGAAUUCGAAAACAAAAUCAUUUGCAAAGACUGUUAUGAGAUGAAUAAAAAACUUCUUGCUGUCAAGUUGAAGCCUGUUGUUACAGAACAAGAUAUUGAAAUGGGAGAUAUCAUCCGAUAUUCCUACUACAAUCUGUGGCACGAGGCAGUGGUUUUAGAAAAGAAAAGUCCGACAGAAAAGUCCGUAGUGUGUACCAUCGCCCAUUACGCCUUCUGUGGAAUAUUCGCCCAUCGAACAAUCAAGGAGGAAGAAUUGGAAAUAAAAUUUGAUGGGAAAUGCAUCAAGCUGGAGUACACUGAGCCUCCCUAUCAUGUAUAUAAUCCAGACGAAGUAGUAAAGCGUGCGAGAAAAAGAUUGGGAGAACAAUUGUUUGUUUUCUUUUCAAACGAUUCUAGUCACUUUGCAAGAUGGUGUAAACUGAAACUUAUGUGAGCUUCAAGGCUUAGAAAUAUAUUCAUCGAAGUCUUUGCAUUUUUAUUCAUCAAUUGUCUAAUUUUUUUGCAGCAUCCAUAUUGUUUGUACUCAUCAAUAAAAAUAGCGAGAUGGCUUACUCCUCCAUGGCGUCUGAACCCACCUAGCUCUGAUGCUUAGCAGGUCUGCUUGUGAUUUGUAUUGUUUAAAUGGAAUUUUGAACUUGAAACUGUUCAUUAACUCCAUAUUUCAUUCAACGAGAAAGAAAGAUAUUUUAAAUUCAAUAUUAUGAAAUGUUUACUGUUUUCUUUUUAUUUUUUUUUUAUACUGUGGCACCAAUUUGCUUAAAUAAAUGUUACAAUUUAUAAACCCAUGUGAUAAUGAACUUCAAAGCAUUAUUGUACCAAUUCAGAUCAUUUUUUUAUGAGUAAAACCACAAACAUGGAUUUAAAAAGAAAUCCUUGCUUGACAUGCUGUAAUGAUUAUUAUUAAAUUUGAAUAUUCUGACUUUAAGUCAUUUGAUUAUCUAUUUUAAAUAUACUAGCAUGCCAAAUAAAUUAAUUAAUGCUUUUGUCAAUAAAUGGAACUAAAACAAGAUGCCCAUGAGCCACAAUGCUGAAUACCUAUGGUCCUUAUUUUCUUCAUCAGAUUAUUUCCCUA